CUUUGACGUCAAAUCCAUGUUGAAAACUCUCUGGCAGAGGCAGAAGGUAAGGCAGGCUCUCUUCAACAAGAAAACGAAAUAAAGGCUUGCAUCAUAUUUCCAGCUAUUUGUGCAGGAUCUACUGGAGGAACAAACAAAACGGUCAGCAUAUUUUCUCUCACUCAGCCAUGACUCCCGUUGUUGGCAGGAAGGCCACUGGCCUUGUAGCUGCCACUUUUACACCGCUCACUCCUGAAGGUGAAAUCAACCUUUCAGAGAUCAGACCCUACAUUGACUACCUGUUAGAACAACAAGGUGUUAAGAGUAUAUUUGUAAAUGGCACGACAGGAGAAGGUAUGUCUCUCACUGUGGAGGAGAGGAAGCUGCUUGCAGUGGAGUGGUGUCAUCAGGGCAAGAACAAGCUGGAGCAGGUGAUAGUGCAUGUGGGCUGCAUGAGUCUGAAGGACUCCCAGGAGCUGGCACGACAUGCUGCUGAAAUAGGAGCCGAUGGGAUAUCAGUGAUCUCCCCCUCUUUCUUCAAACCCGCCACUGCAGAUGCUCUGAGGAUGUUUCUCCAGGAAGUGGCUGCAGCCGCCCCAGCCAUGCCCUUCUAUUAUUAUCACAUUCCAGCUAUGACCGGGGUCAACUUGCGAUCAAGGGAUGUGUUGGAGGGGAUAGAGAAUCAGAUCCCCUCGUUCCAGGGGCUGAAGUUCAGUGGUAGCGACCUGAUGGACUUUGGCCAGUGUGUCAGCUAUAGUCGAUCUCACUGGUCACUCCUAUAUGGUAUAGAUGAGCAACUGCUAGGAGCUAUGGCAAUGGGUGCCAAUGGGGCUGUAGGCAGCACAUACAACUACCUGGGCAGAAGUGUGAACAGACUCAUGUCAGCCUUUGAUAAAGGGGACCUCCCCAAGGCCAGGACUAUACAGUUCCAGGUGCAAGAUAUACUCUGUUAUGCAAUAAAGCUGGGGUUUGAUUUGGCUGUAAAUAAGCAGCUGAUGAGUGAGGUGUCAGGAUUGGCUCUGGGCCCUCCCCGCCUGCCCUUGCUGCCCUGCCCCCAUCCCAAGGCCCUCUCCAUAGCACAGAGACUCCAGCAGAUCCUCGGGGAGCAAUGACAGUAGCACGGCGGCUUGGCUUUAUAGGCCAGCCUGGGAGCAUUACAGAGUCGGUUAAAACAGUCAUGCGUUUCUUUGUUUAUCUAGACUCUCCAAGAUGUCAACUCUGAAAUCUCCUAUUCUGUUCUCCUGCUUCUAACUGAUUUUAAUAAGGAGGCACAGAAAACACUAACACUAUAUCCAAUAAGUUUGAUUUAACUGACUAUCGCCUGCACAUGUAUUCAAAUGUAAAGAAACAUUCCACUGCCAGAAGCCCAAAAUGCCCAAAAACACAGACAUGCAAGAGGUGCAAUCAAGCAUCAUGUAGUAGGGCAUUAAGAGCAUCCGGAGCAUAGCCUACUAGGGAACUGUUAAAAAUACUCUGUUUUACAGAUUGGCUGGGUUACAGAGGGACUUUUCGCACCUUGUAUCUUAAAAUGGUUUCUGAUAUUUAAUCUAUAUUGAUUUUAUAGUGAGACCUGCAGGGUUGUUUUCUUCAUACUUUAUUUGUUUUUACUCUCUUUGUCGUUUACAGGAACAACAAUGCAUUAUUGUGUGUUUUAUACUUUUUCAUAUAAGUACUAUAUUAGACUGUAACCUAACCCUGAAGUAAAUCAGUACAUCUAUAAGUUGAAUUGCAUUCUUUCCAGUAUUGUAGUCUUGAUAUUGUCUUUAAAGUGAAUUACAGUAUACCUGAACUUGUAUGCGAGUGAAAGGGAAAUCUAAACAAAACCUGAAUAAUUUUUGUAAACACUCUUGGACAUUGCAUAUGAAAUAAAAGAUCAACCGUUUUGGAAUGUUA